CGAGAGCCGGGCCCGGGUGGACGAGCACGGCGGCCGUGCAGAUUGUUCUAGCAAAAGCCGCCGGAGUCCGAGCCCGAUUGACCGGCAGAGCGAGCUCGGCUUAAGCCAGCCUGAGGCCCGGACACGGCAGCAGCAGCAGCAGCAGAGAGCCCGGGGAUGGAGAAUCAGCACCGGACACCGGGCCAGACACUGACCCCCCAUGUUUACUGGGCGCAGAGACACCAGGAACUGUACCUGAGGGUGGACCUGAGCGGUGUACAGAAACCUGAUAUCAAGAUCACUGAAAACACACUCUCAUUCAGAGCACACGGCCAUGGUGCAAAAGGAGACAAUGCAUAUGAAUUUCAUCUUACAUUCUUGGAACCAGUGAAUCCUGAGCCACUGUUCAAGGCCACAGAAAGACAAGUAAAUAUAACAGUGAAGAAAACGGAGAACAGAUGGUGGGACAGGCUGACCAAACAAGAGAAGAAACCAAUAUUCUUGGUUCCUGACUUUGACCGCUGGCUAGACGAGUCUGAUGCUGAAAUGGAACUACAAGCAAAGGAAGAAGAGAAAGAAAUUAACAGAAUGAGUCUGGAGUCAAGAGUUCGGAAGAAUUCUUAUGUCACCAUGAGGAAAGGUUACUUAUUUAUGUACAACCUGGUGCAAUUUUUGGGCUUCUCCUGGAUCUUUGUCAAUAUGACAGUGCGGCUCUGUGUGUUGGGCCAAGAUUCUUUAUUUGAUACUUUCCAUGCAGUUGGUGAUAUGAUGAACUUUUGUCAGAUAUUUGCAACUUUGGAGGUUAUAAAUCCAUUGUUGGGUUUGGUGAAAACGGGACUGGUGCCAGCAGUGAUCCAGGUAAUUGGGAGGAAUAUGGUUCUGUUUGUGGUGAUUGGAAGUCAGGAGGAAAUGCAGAAUAAAGCAGCAGUAUUUGUUGUAUUUUACCUGUGGAGCAUCAUCGAAAUGUUCCGGUACCCAUACUACAUGCUGUCCUGUAUAGACACAGAGUGGAGAAUGCUGACCUGGAUCCGAUACACCAUUUGGAUUCCUCUUUAUCCACUUGGAGUCAUUGCUGAAGCAGUGUGUGUGGUUCAGUCAAUUCCAUAUUUUGAUGAAACGGGAAGAUUUAGUAUUCUACUGCCCAACCCGUUCAACAUCUCAUUCAGUUUCUCCUACUUCUUGCGAGGUUACCUUAUUGCUAUGUUCUUGGGUUUGUUCAUUAAUUUCCGACACCUUUUCAAACAAAGUAACAAGCGUCUCCGUCCAAAGAAACGCAAGCUGCACUAGGAGGGAUGUGUCUUUGUUUCUGAGUUGGAGAACCACCUCAAAUAUUUUAAUUAAAUGUUAACUUGCUGCCUUUAUAAGCACUGUACUUUUCAGGAGGUGAGAAAAGCCAUGACGAAGUGUCAGUAAAACUUCAGUAACCAGUCACCUUUCUGCCAUAUGCCACCUCCAUGAGUAUAACCAUUUGCACCUCAUCAGUCAGCCUUGCGGCCGGUGUGAGGAGUAUUUUGCAAGAACCAAACACAUUAUUUGAUACCGACGGAAAUAGUCACCUUGCCUAUUUAUCUUUUUCCCUCAUAAAUAUACAUGUUUGAAGAAAUACACACACUCUUGUGGAAGGAAUAUUGAUGUGUAACAAGUUAUCUAGCGCCCUUGGUAAAGUGUAUUUUUUCCAAUUACAGAAGAGUGAUUUUAUGAAUUGAAUUUGGUUUUAUAUUGCAGUAUAACUUUGAUUUAUCCAAGGUGACUGAGCAAUGAAUGGUGUCUAAGAACUUUGGGCUUUAUUAGACAGAUUAAUGAUGUUGCUGUUUCACAGGCUUUCUGGAAUUAGGACAAUUAAUUUUAAAUUGGGUAAAUUAAAUAAUUUGUCACCACUCCCCCAUCAUAUAUUAUUCUGUGAGAGAGCAGUAGCCAUGUUUCAGGACUCUGCUGCUUCCUUAUAACCAGCACAAGGUGGGUUGGGGGUGACCCAUUCCAUCCAUUAGACCCCUCCUACAAUGGAGAAUUGCAAUACAGACGCUGAGGUGAGUUCCUUGGUAUAAAGUUAUACUGUUACUGAACCACCCUACAGUCAUAAUUAAUAUUAAUGUACAAAGAUAACUAUCAAACAAACUUAAUGAGGAUGGGGUACCUUAAUUUAAGUUAUGAAGCUUUAAUCCAGUCUGAGAGGCAGAUGGCCAUCAAAAACUGUAAGAGUGAAGCUGCCGGGCUGGGUUGUGUGUCUGAGUUAAACCUCCAAAGUUGGAUCAUUGCCAUUCACACUAAGAUAUCUGAUCACUUAAAAUAUAUGCAAGCUGGUGAAUUUUCAUUCUUGUUAAUGUUUUUUAAUGUAGACAAUUGCAAUGCAUUUGGAAGCAGAACCAAGUGGCAUAGAUCAGAAUAUUCCCAGUUUUGUGAAAAGUUUGAAAGUAUAAUGGAAUGAACAGGCUUUCCUGAGGGAUAGUUAGAGAUGGGGAACUGCAGUUUUCAUUAGAAAGGACUCACUGUGAUUUGAAUAAACUGUGAACAUUAGUGAUUAAUUUAGUUUAUCUCCAUAUAAUGAGGUUUUAAUGUCCUGUAAGACUUGGCUGUUGCAUCUUCUCUCGUGUGUCCAGGUGACCCCACUUACUGUUCUAACUGUUCCACUUUUACAUAUUGUAAGUCCCAUGUCAUGUAAGGUGAAUUGAAAUGUGAUGAAACUUGCACAGUUCCUUGGUGGGGGAAGUUACUCUUUCGUGUAGAUUAUUUAGGCAAUAAUGAUGUAAUAACCAGACAAAUUCAAACAGAUUCAGAUAAUGUUACAAGUGAGAUCAGUGGUUCGUAAUGAAUGCAUAAGUUAAACUACUGUAAUCACAUGGGAUUCCAGAGUUUUAGGCAGUGUUUCGAGGAUCACAAACAGUAAUUCCAACAAUUUUCCAAGUUAAUGGAAAAUUGGUGGCCUUGUUCAUCAAUUUUGAGUUUUGUCACAUGGCCACUGAGGUUUCUGGCUGCAAACUAAUUAUUUCUACAUGUAGUAAUGAUGAGAUACACUUUGACCUGUCAUUAUUAUGUGCCACUAUCUGGGGAAAGCAAAGCUUUUGGUGACAGGUGUUGCUGCAGUAUUUGGCUUGUUAGCUGCAUUGAGUUAAUGUGCGAAGAAUCACUAAAAUUACAUUUUCAAUGGAUUAUUAGAAACAAUACAUUGAACUAUAAAAUACAAGGAGAAUAAUGGACACCAUAGGGAUGAUUUCAAGCUACUGUUUGAUUCAGAGGUACAGAUAAAGUCAUGAGAUCAAAGCCUUGAAAUCAGCCUCAAAUACCUGUGUGGCUCGAGUCAUGGAAUCAUUAGGCACACAAGGAAGACAUUCACCUCAUUGAAUCCAUGCUGGCUCUCUGUACAGCAAUCCAGUCAGCCCCAUUCUUCCCCCUGCCCCCCACUCUAAUUCUGUAGCUCUGCAAAUUUAUUUCUCUCAAGUGCCCAUCCAAUUUUCUCUUCAAAUCAUUGAUUACCUCUACUUCCACCACCCUCGUGGGCAGCAAGUUCCAGGUCAUUUAAGAGUAAAACAGUUCUUCCUUAUGUUCCCCAUGUAUCUCUUGCCCAAAACCUAGUCCUUGUAUCAUCAGCUAAUGCCUUUUCUUUGUGUACUUUAUCUAAACCUGUCAUAAUCUUCUACAACUCUAUCCUAUCUCCCCUCAAUCUCCUUUGCUCCAGGGAGAACAUCCCCAGUUUCUCCAACCUAACCUUGUAGCUAAAAUCCUUCAUCCCAGUGACCAUUCUGGCAAACCUCUGCUGCACCCUCAAGGACCUUCACAACCUUCUUAAAAUGCAUCAUCAAAACUGGAUGCAAUACUCUAAUUGUGAUCUAACCAGAGCUUUAUAAAGAUUCAGCAUAACUUCCCUGCUUUUGUACUCAAUACCUCUCUUUAUAAGCCCAAGAUCCCAUUAGCUUCGUUAACUAAUCUCUCAAUAUGUCCUGACACCUUCAAAGAUACAGACACAUAAACUCCCAGGUCCCUCUGUCCUUACACACACUUGAGAACUAUGCCAUUAAGUCUAUAUUGCCUCUCCCUAUCCCUUCUGCUAAAAUGUGUCACCCCACACUUAAAUUCCAUCUGCUACUUCUCUGCCCGUUCUGCUAGCCUAUCUGUGCCCUGUUGCAUUCGAUCGGUAUCAUCCUCGUUGGCCAGCCCCCAAUUUGGCAUCAUCAGCAAAUUUUGAAAUUUUACUCCCUUUUCCAAUAUUCUAGCACUGACCCUUGGGGAACACCACUGUCUUUCUCCAGUCUGUAAAGCAACCAUUUACGCUAACUCACUGUUCUGUCCUUGAAGCGAUUUUUUUAUUCAAGCUGAUGUUAACUUGUUGAACAUCUUUCUGGCAAAGGAAGAAGCUGGAGCUAGUCUAUCUUCAAUAGGAUUAUAGGUUAUAUAGGAUUUUGUGAAUAAACCUAAGCACAGACUACACUUCCCUUCCCCCACAAGUGGAAACUGAUUCUUAUAUAUGUGCCUAACCUUUCCCCAAUAAGCAUCAGCUGCUGUUAAUCACAACUAGAGCAUGCAUUCCAUUGUCACUGCAUUUACGUUAACGGCUGACACUGACCCUCCUAUCCCAUGACCCUUUUAAUAGUUACAAUGGUUUAAUGAUGUAUAAUAGAAACUUAAAUGUGUAUUUUGAUUACAUUAUUGAAUCACAUGAACUGCCACUGUAUAACAUGAUUUGAAUUGCGCUGAUCCAUCAAUUCUAUAUAUAAAAAUUAUAAUUUCAUUAAAUAUUGGAGUGCCAGA